UAUCCUGGAUGUCCGCUCGCUUUGCCGGACGGGCCGGGGGAGCUGAAGAAAAGAAGUUUAAGAACAACAACAAAAGAAGUUUAAACUCCAUCCAGCGUGUCCCGUUCCGGCAGCCCCCGCUCAGGGACCCCCGGCCCGGGGGCUCCGGGACCCUUUCGGGCACUGGCAGGGUGAUGCCAGCUUGAUCCAGAGCCAUGUCCAGGUACCUGAAGCACUUCACGGUGGUGGGCGAUGACCCUGUGCAGUGGAGCAAUGACUACCAGAAAUGGGAGGAGGAGGAUGAGAAUGGGGAGAAGCAGCCGGAUUCAGAGAUCAAGGUGGAGCCCACCAGGAGCCAUGUCUCCUUCCAGGACAUGAUGAAAAAGCUCUUCAGCUCCCACAGGUUUCAGAUCCUGGUUGUCUGUUUGGUAAUCCUGGAUGCCUUGCUGGUUCUUGGGGAAUUGCUUAUGGACUUGAAAAUCAUCCGUCCAGACAAACAUAAUAUAACCCCAAAGGUUUUCCACUACCUCUCACUCUCCAUUUUAACCAUCUUUCUGGUUGAGGUGGGGUUUAAAGUCUUUGUCUACCGCCGGGAGUUCUUCCACCACAAGUUUGAAGUGCUGGAUGGCAUCGUUGUUGUUGUGUCGUUCAUCCUUGAUGUUGUCCUCAUCUUCCGAGAGCAUGAGUUUGAAGCUGUUGGGCUCCUGAUACUCCUGCGGCUGUGGCGGGUGGCCAGGAUUAUCAAUGGAAUAAUUUUAUCGGUAAAGACCCGCUCUGAACAACAAGUGUCCAAGCUAAAGCAAGCAAACCUGAAACUUGCAACAAAGGUUGAACAACUGGAACACAGCUGUGUAGAGAAGGAGCAAGAAAUUGAGAAGCUUAACAAGAUAUUAAAACAGCAUGGACUUGUCAGUGAGCAAAAAUAGGAGGCCAGUUUUCUGAGGUGGGGAAGUCUGCCCUGCAGAGUGCAGUGUUGAAAUCUACCAGUUUGACCUGAAAGGUUUUCCUGUCUCUUUGCUUUCUCUUGUAUAGUGUUGUCUAUAAACAUUUUUCUAUUUGACCACACUUUGAUUAGAUCUUGGGAUUGCAAAAAUAGUUUUGCUGGAAAAUUAAUCAUGUGUACUCCCUGGAAACAGUGAUUUCAUAAGACCUGUCUUAUACAGUUGUAUAGUCAAAACUGCAAAAUAAUUUAAUAAAGACACAUCUUCACAAGCUA